AUGGUGCACGGACGGGGAGGAGCCAGGAGCGGCGGCGGUGGCGGCGGGGGGGGAGGCGGGGGAGGUACGUCGGCCGCGGAAGCAGCGGAGAAGAAAAGGAAACGGGCGGUUCUGUCGAAGGAGGAGCGGGCCAAGCAGAACAGGGACAGGAACAGGGAGCACGCGAGGAACACGCGGCUGAGGAAGAAGGCCUUUGUGGAGGAGCUCAAGAAGCAGGUGGAGGAGCUGGUUUCGGGCAGGGAGCGGGAAGAGAUGGACCAGAGGGCGGAGGCGAGGAGAGUAGCUUCGCUGAGGGAAAUACGCUUGCAGGUGCUCCUGACUUUCCUGGAGUACCGCGGUCGGUGCGAACUGGGGCGAAAAGAAUGGCAGAGUGUCCUCGAUGAGCAAUUCGAGAUGCAGAUGCCGAUCACCCCCUACCGAUCAUUCCCGCCGCAACAGGUCCAGGGGGGCAAGCGCGUUAUCAAAGGGCUAGAUGGCGUUAUUGCCGACACGCUGUCCCUCAGCGUGGCAACCAAGGGGCCUAGCCCAUCAGGCAGACAAUCCAGCCGGGAAGAACGCCCGGCCUCUCCUUCCCCCACCGCUAGCUCCAGGGGCGGGUGCCCCCAAGGGCAAAGCCAAGCCCAAGAGUUCCCGCAGCAAGAGAAGCGCCUCUUUUUCUUGGGACACGAGGACGCCGACGCCAGGGGGGGGGGGGGCACCGCAGGGGGCGUCUUCCUCAUCGAGGGGGGGGGGUGGCUUGACGUCCUCGGAGUCGUGUUCGGGGACGUCCGAGGGCGACGAGUCGGCGGCGGCGGCGGCGGCGGUGGCGGCGGCUGCUGCGGCGGCCUCUGUUGCGGGAGUCGUGCCUUCGCCCAACCGGGUGUACUACGUGGUGGAUCCGAAGGAGGUGAUGGGGCUGAACCAGGCCUUCAUGUGUCCUUUCCUGGCGAGCUGCUGGUGCCGGGUAUGCUGAAGGCGUCCUUCAGCACCAAGUCGAACCGCUUGUGCAGCGUGCAGUUCUCCUUUGACCCCACCGUCCCGGCGAGGCAGCUGGCACGCGCUGCCAUGCUCCAGGGCCGCGCGACCCCGGGCAUGGCCGGGAUGAUGGCGGGCAUGCUUGGCAUGGGAGGGGUGGACGUCUCGUCCUUGAUGGCGGCAAAGGGAGGAGGCGUACCCAGCGCUGCCCGAGACCGCGCUUCCGAGUCGUCGGGCGCGAGCGGAAGCUCGGGAAGCACCGCCGCAAAUCCGCCGCCCUUCGUGGGACAGGACGAAGGCGUCCUGCACUCGGUCCUGCAGGACAUCCGAGAGUGGAGAGUGAGCUCGACCGUUUUGGACGAUCCAAACCAGGCUUGUGAAGAUGAUCAGAUAAGACGUGGGUAA